UCUGCUUUUCGUUUUCACACAACUAGCUGUACUUAAGUACAGAGUACUUUGGCCUCAUGUUAGGUUUGACAGAAAUGGCGAAUGGCUAAUAUGCGGGGGUUGACUGUCAUACCCCACUGCACGGCUUUCUAUGGGGCGGGCUCAAUGCCUGCCUGCAGUUGUGGGUCUUCGCCACCGGCGGGCACCAUGGAGCCGACUCCUCCGCACGCCGCAUUGUAACCUCGUCAAAGCUCUCCGCCUCGCUCUUCGGACCAACCAACAGCACUCCGAAUGGGAAGAAAAUAUGGCGUGAAGGAGGAGGGUGCCGCUGACGACCACUGUUACCCGCCCGGUAGCUCGCUUCCAAUUGAAUAGAGGGAGAAGAGAAGACAAAGAAAACAUGGAUGUAGCGACACGCCGCGGCGCGCGUGUGCAGCCGAGACGCCGGAGCACAAAGCGGAUGGGAGAGACAGCCUGAGCCGCAGCACGCCUCAUCACAUAGCCCCUUCAAAAACACGCCUUUUACAGGUCUACGAGGCUUCUUUGACUCCUUAUAUUGUUGUUUAAAAAAAAUAAACGGAAAAGCACGUCCAUUGGCUUCCUCGUCGUCGUCGUCGUGUGAAGAAAAGACGGCGACAUGAGCGAGCAGAGCAUCUGCCAGGCUCGGGCCUCAGUGAUGGUCUACGAUGACGCCAGUAAGAAGUGGGUGCCCAUCAAGCCGGGCCAGCAGGGCUUCAGCCGCAUCAACAUCUACCAUAACACUGCCAACAACACCUUUAGGGUGGUGGGCGUCAAGCUGCAGGACCAGCAGGUGGUGAUCAACUACUCCAUCGUGAAGGGCCUGAAGUACAAUCAGGCCACACCCACUUUCCAUCAAUGGCGUGAUGCUCGCCAGGUCUACGGGCUCAAUUUUGCCAGCAAGGAGGAAGCCACCACCUUCUCCAACGCCAUGCUGUUCGCCCUCAACAUACUCAGCUCGCCUGACAGCGGAGGUCCAGUCGUCCAGCGUCAAAAUGGACCCUGUUCAGAGGAGAGCGAGGCCCAGCGGAGGAUGAUGGAGCAGCAUCAGAUGCAGGCGCACAAGGAGAGGGAGCGGCGGACGUCGGGAUCAGUCGUUUCCACUCUCCAAUACAAAGUGUGCGCACCCCCCGCCCACCCCGACACUCCGCCCGAGUACAGACAGUUCAGAGCUAGCACACUGCCCCCGUCCUACGUCCGUGUGGCCUCCUCCUCCCCGCCCUCCUCCUCUCCCUCCCAAGAGAAAGAGGCAGGGAUGGCGAGGGACAAGGCCCAGCUUUCCUCCCAGCUUUCCACCUCGCUGGCCUCCGCCUUCUCGCCAGUCCAGGCGGGAGUGACCACGAUGGGCCGCCAGGUCCGUCAGAUCCCCCUGUCUCCUCCCACCGUGGCGCGCCACGCACACCAGCACCACCAAGACAUCACGCUGCCCCCCAAACACGGCACCUGGUCCGCCUCUCAUUUGCAGCAAAUGUACGCCCAGUGCCCGCCCUCAGCCUCCCCUCCUGUCAUGAUGGCCGUUCCCGCCAGGCAGGGGUUACCGCCACCGCUGCCCACCCUCCCCGCGGCGCACCCCCUCCCAGGCGUGAGGACGAAGCCCCCGCCGCUCGACCCGAGCGCCCACUACCCCCAGCACCAGCCCAACCCUCACGCCAACGGCCAAUCGGACGACUCCUACACCCCCCACUCCCACCGGCUGCCGCUUACCCCGCAGUACUGCGAGGCCGUAACCCUGCCGCCCCUCGUAGGCCAGCCGCCCGCAGGUCCCGCCCCCAAUCACCAGUACCCGUCCACCUUCCACCCUCAGCAGCAGGCGCACCACCAGCAGGGCCAGCCCCUCAGCAACACCUCCACGCCCCCCUCUUACAAUGAUGGGGGCUCGCCCAAGGACGCCCCCUCCCCUGUCCCCCAGCAGGUCCCCAUGACCAACAGCAGCGCCCCUGUUUCCGCAGGUCACCCUGCUAUGCUGUCCGUGGCCCCGCCCCCGGCCGCUGUCCCGUCACCCAUGGGCGGCCCCCCUGCUCCUCCGCCGCCGCCAGGUCCGCCGCCCCCGAUGGCGGUGCCCCCGCCCAUGCCCCCUCCUCUGCCCGCAAGUGGGGGGCCUUCCGGGGCUCCCCCUGGGAUGCAGCAGCAGCCCUCGGGGUUGGCGGCCGCGCUGGCUGGGGCCAAGCUUCGGAAGGUUCAAAGGGAUGAGAGCAGUCCGCCAGGAUCGAGCGGCAAAAGUGACUCCAACCGAUCUAGCGGUGGUAGUGGAGGAGGUGGAGAGGGUCUGAUGCAGGAGAUGAAUGCCUUAUUAGCUCGCAGACGGAAAGCUUCUGAGAAACCUGAUGAGGACGACUCCGGUAGUCGCGGGCCUGGUCAGAACUCAACAGAUGCUGUGAAGAAGCCAUGGGAGAGAUCCAACUCUGCAGAGAAGUCCUCACUGGUGUCGAGAGUGAGACCCAUUGGCAGCACUAGUGAAUCAGACACCGAAUUUGACAGGAUGAAACAGGAGAUUUUGGAUGAAGUUGUACGUGAGUUGCAUAAAGUGAAAGAUGAAAUAAUUCAUGCUAUCAGACAAGAAAUAGGUCGGAUCAGCACAUCCUAAUCUCGGUUGAGUGACAUUUGGGAGGAAAGCUGGAGAAAGAAAAAGGACAAAGAGGACGUGGGACGGACACAGACGGACCCGCUUGGAGCCCCCCCUGGAAUGUUCUCCCAAUGUUUCUGUGAGGUCACGUCGCCACGUCGCAGAGAUGUUGUGCCAACAUUUGAAACUGCCGGACAGCAAAACGGACGAAAAAGAGCAAGAGGAACUCGAGAAGGAAGAGCGUUUGAACUGUCGUGCUGACUGACUUCAGUGUUGUGGUUGUGUGUGCACCUCUCGACUCAGACAGUUUUCUUCUGUUCCAUCUUAAAAGGAAAAUAUUUUUGGUUUUCUAAGUUUGUACUGUUGUAUUAUUUAAAUCCUGUGCUGAUGUUGAUGAUGAUGAGUAUUUCAGAAAGACAAACGGAAACUUGCACACAAUCUGUGUCAGCCUUUUAUACUUCUUUCUCUGUUAAUUUUAUCCCAGAUGAUUUGUUUAAAACAAGCACAAAAUUAGCAAAAUGGUGCCGAGCUGAUAUUUUUAUUGCCAGUGGUGUUGUGCGUCCAACCUUUUCUUCCCGGAGACAAGUAGCCACUGAACAUACACGUUCUCCUUCACCACCAUGGCCACACCACUGAGCAGCCAUCAGCUUGCCCUCAGGGGUGAGGAACCUACAACUCAUGGGCCAUAUAUAGCCCGCAAGAGCAUUUCAUCCAGAAAAACAGGCGACUCAAAAAACAGAUUAACAGGCCUGAAAGAGUUUUAUGGUGAGUCAUUACAUGUCGCUUCCCUUGAAACAAAAAAACAAACAAACAUAAUUAAAUGUUUAGUAUGUCUGGCUCAAAUGUCGUAGCAACAGGACAAAAUCUGUGGAUACGUUUAUCUGAGGGUGCCUCGGAAAUGGUCGCUUCGAACCAAAAUGCCAGACGUCCUGUGUCUUUCUGGGUAUGACUUCUGGAGACCAUUUUGUUGGCAGACAUGCCCACCAAAAAACUGGCUUCAGGUGCCAUGUUGUUUGUGAUGAACAAAAUCUGGGCGGCAACCAAGCCAAAUUAUUUCUGAAAUCGCCCCAGAAAGGUUCCCCACCCCUGGUAAAUAUUUAGUGGUGGUUAAAAUAAUAAUAAAAAAAAUAUGUCAAUGACCUAAUCAUGUUGUAGUUUUUCGUCCUCCUGUUUUUUUGUGGCCCUCCCAGUUAUGCAUGAACCCCUAAUCAAUUUAUUUGGUUAAAUGAAAAAAAUGGUGCAUUUAUAAGCGUGGUUUGUUUCCAUGAUGAAUCCCCUUCUCUGUGUAGGAGGUGAUGCUGAUAAUGGUAGCAAAGUGGGGGAUGAAUAAUCAAACAAAACAAAAAGAAUUAUAAAAAAAAAAAAAAAAAAACGACAAGGGUGUUUCUCUGCCAAUAUGCAAAGUUAGCUCAGAAGAAUGUGCACAAAUGGAAUGGUCGGUAAAUGUGCUCGUAGCUCAAAGUGUCUUUGCAGGAGUUCAGAUUGUUGCAGUCGCAUUGUCUGCUCUCAGCAACAUUCUCAUUAAAUCAAUAAAAAGCUGGACGCAAAAAUUUA